UUGUCUCAACUCGAUUCCGCGACCGGCAACCGAAGACGCGAUACGCCUCUGCCAGUUAUAAUUUCCUUUAUAGUCGUACUCAUAGCCGUCCUUGGUGAAAAACCAAUUGACAAUCGGAUUAGCGUCCUCAAUUUAGUAUUCAGGAUAGUUGUACCCGAAGCGGCUCCAAGUCCCAGUAAGCUGAGAGACUUGGACGAUUUGUUCCCGUACAUUGGCGAUUUCGGCUGGUACCAGAGGAUAUUGUUCCUGCUAAUGAUACCAUUCGGCUUCUUCUUUGCAUUCGUGUACUUCGCGCAAAUAUUCAUGACAGUGGUACCGGAACAACACUGGUGCUUUGUGCCGGAGCUGAAGAAUUUAUCGGUUGAGGAACGGCGACAUUUAUCCAUUCCACUAUCACAAGACAACCAAUAUGACAAAUGCCGCGUGUACGACGUAGAUUGGAAAACUGUGCUAGAAGAUGGCGUCACGCAACCAGACGCGAACUGGCCGAUAAAAAAAUGCCAAAAUCAAUGGGAAUUCAAUUUCACGGAUGUGCCUUACGAAACUAUUGCAACCCAGUUAGGAUGGGUGUGCGAUAGAGACAACUACCCAGCGACGGCGCAGUCGAUCUUCUUCUGCGGCGCAAUCGUGGGAGGUCUGCUUUUCGGAUGGAUUGCUGAUAAAUAUGGAAGGAUACCAGCAUUAGUAGGUACUAACAUGAUUGGUUUUAUCGCCGGCGUCGGUACAGCGUUCACAAAUGACUUCUGGUCCUUCUGCUUCUGCAGGUUUCUCGUCGGUUUGGCUUACGACAACUGCUUCGUAAUCAUGUACAUUGUUGUGGUAGAAUACGUGGGACCAAAAUGGCGGACAUUCGUGGCCAACAUGUCUAUCGCCGUUUACUUCACAUUUGCGGCAUGCCUAUUACCCUGGAUAGCACUUGCUGUAGCCGAUUGGAAGAUCUAUACACUGAUCACGAGCGUCCCUCUAGCGAUGUCCAUUUUCACACCUUGUGUCGUCCCCGAGAGUGCAAGAUGGUUAAUUUCACAAGGACGUAUCGACGAAGCUAUCAAGAUACUGAAGAAGUGUGAGAGGAUCAACGGAAAGAAGAUACCGGACGCAGUUUUAAAAGAAUUUAGGGAUACGGCAACAGAAAUGGCGAAGUCCGAGCAAGAGAUCAUGAACUACUCGGUGCUGGAUCUGUUCCGUACGCCGCGUCUCCGCCGCAACAGCGUUCUGCUGCUGUUCAUAUGGACGGCGAUCGCAAUGGCCUUCGACGGUCACGUGAGGAACGUGGGCUCCCUGGGGCUCGAUAUCUUCCUCACAUUCACCAUUGCCACGGCAACCGAAUUCCCCGCUGAUAUUUUGCUCAUAUUAACAUUGGAUAUUAUCGGUCGUCGCUGGAUGUCGUUCGGUUCCAUGGUCAUCAGCGGAAUCUUCAGUUUACUCGCAACCACAGUACCCCUUGGUAUCCCGUCUGCGUCCCUAGCGAUUAUCGGUCGCUUCUCUGUGAACAUAUCUUUCAACAUCGGCAUGCAGUACGCAGCUGAAAUUCUUCCAACAGUUGUGAGGGCUCAGGGACUCGCUUUAAUACAUAUUAUGGGCUACGUGGCAACCAUUCUUGUACCUUACAUCGUCUAUAUGGCAACUAUAGCGACAGAAAUACCUCUGCUCAUCCUGGGUGCUAUCGCAAUAGCAGGCGGGUGCUUGUGCAUGUUUUUGCCCGAAUCCACAGGGAAGGAAAUGCCGCAGACAAUCCAAGAUGGCGAGAACUACGGCCGAGGACAAAAAUUCUGGGAGAUGCCCGUCUUUUCUAAGAAGACAAAAGCUGCAACUAUAGCGACAGAAAUACCUCUGCUCAUCCUGGGUGCUAUCGCAAUAGCAGGCGGGUGCUUGUGCAUGUUAUUGCCCGAAUCCACAGGGAAGGAAAUGCCGCAGACAAUCCAAGAUGGCGAGAACUACGGCCGAGGACAAAAAUUCUGGGAGAUGCCCGUCUUUUCUAAGUAA